CGAGAUUCUAAGGCUGUGAGUGUAGCCGGGAGCGCAAAGCAACUACGUUUCCUAUUCGCCUCGAUUUCUACAAAGAGUUGACUGAAGCCUGCUCUUCUCGUUUAUGAUUCCAUUCGAUUCUUCUUUCUCGGUUCUGUUUCUGGGAGGAGCUGUGGUCAAUGGCGACUCAGGCGUGCGCGCUUGUUCUCUGGUCAGGCUUCUACGAGUCGAGGCAGGGAAGGCUCACAGCUUGCAUGCAACCCGUCUCUGCCAGACGAAUGAUUCAGGUUUAUUGCAAGAUGAGAAAUCGGAAUAUUGGCAGUUCCCCUCAUAAGAAGCAUCAAAACAAAAAAGUAUCCGAGAGCUUGCCAUUGAAUACAAAUUUUGAAUUCCAGAGUGAUGAAAGCGUGGAAGUUAACAAUACAAGUUCAAACGAUCCUAUGACUCCUUUUCAAUAUAAGCUUUCAGAUGCUGAUCCUAUUGAAAAUUUACCUACCAUAUCUGAGGGCAAAACAUCUUCUACAGGUGAUAAAAUUAUAUUGUUAGAAAAUGUUGAUGGGAGACAGCGGCUUCCAAUUGAUCAACUCGAAGAUUUGACUGGAAUGAUAAAACAUGCCGAGAAAAAUGUUCUACUUCUCAAUCAAGCCCGAAUUAGUGCACUUAAAGACCUAGACCGUAUUCUUUCUGAGAAGGCGGCUUUGCAAGCUGAAAUAAAUGAUCUAGAGUUGAAAUUGCCAGAAGCUAAGGAAAGACUUAAAGUUACUACCCAGGAAAGGAUGCAUGUAGAGUUUCUUGAAGAUGAGCUUGAGAGGCUGAAGAACAAGAUGUAUUCAAAGGAUAAAUUUGAUGGUAAAGUGUUGACUUCAGACUCUUUUUCACAAGAUGCCAUCAAUGUUACUUUUGCUGAGGAGCUUAAUGCCUUGAGAAUAGAGUAUGCAUCGUUGAAGGAUGAUAUAAAAGCUUUGAAUGAGAAGCUUAAUCAUGUUCCCGGAAAGGAAGAAUGCAUUUCAAUGCUAGAGAAAGGACGGUCUUUGUUGGAGACUCCAGUUAGAGAGUUGAAAUCUGAACUGGAAGUUUCCGAGAUAGAUAUUUCAGUGCUUUCUUCUUUCAAAACUGAAUUCGAAGCCCUAUGGGAUAAGGUGGAAAAUUUGCAAGCUUUGCUUGAUACUACAACUGCACGAGCUAUGCAAGCUGCUACUCUUUUUGAACAAAAUCUUGAGCUUCAAGCUAAUGUUGAUAAGCUUGAAGCAUCUUUAGAAGAGUCAAAUGCGCAUAAAUUACCAGAGAAGUCUCGACAUUAUAAUGAACUUGUGCUGCAGAAAAUUGAAAUGUUGGAAGAACGUCUUCAAGCAGCAGACCAGGAAAUUCAUUCUCAUACUCUAUUGUACCAGAAAGCAUUGGAAGAGUUUGAAAAUUUAAUUGAAGAGUUGAAAGAACGCAACACAAAAAAACUAGGAGAGAAUGUAAAUGAUAUGCCUUGGGAAUUUUGGAGUCGUCUGUUGCUUAUGGUUGAUGGCUGGUUAAUUGAGAAAAAAAUAUCCUUUAAUGAUGGAAAGUUGUUGAGGGAAAUGGUGUGGAAGAAGGAUCAUCAAAUUUGUGAUGCAUAUUUAGCUUGCAAUGGCAAAAAUGAGCAUGAAACUAUUGUUACAUUCCUCAAACUAACACAGCCUCAAACAAGUCAAGGAUUGUAUAUUGUUCAUAUCGCAGCUGAGAUGGCGCCAGUUGCGAAGGUUGGAGGUCUUGGAGAUGUUGUAUUAGGACUAAGCAAAGCACUACAAAGGAAGGGCCAUCUUGUUGAAAUUGUUCUUCCUAAAUAUGAUUGUAUGCAGUAUGACCAGUUUGGAGAGAUGAAGGCCUUAGAUGUGGCAGUAGAAUCUUUCUUUGAUGGCCAGCUAUUCAAAAAUAAAAUUUGGGUGGGGAUUGUUGAAGGUCUUCCUGUCUAUUUUAUAGAGCCACAUCAUCCAUUAAAAUUCUUCUGGAGAGGGAAAAUCUAUGGAGAGCAUGAUGAUUUUAAACGUUUUUCAUUCUUCAGCCGAGCUGCACUAGAAUUGAUUUAUCAGGCUGGGAAGAAACCUGAUAUUAUCCACUGCCAUGACUGGCAGACAGCUUUUGUAGCACCUCUUUAUUGGGAUAUCUAUGCAGCUAAAGGAUUUAAUUCUGCCCGAAUCUGCUUUACAUGUCACAACUUUGAAUAUCAAGGAACGGCACAUUUUUCAGAGUUAUCAUCCUGCGGGCUAGACAUUCAACGACUGAAUAAACCUGAUAGAAUGCAAGAUAAUUCAGCUCCUGACAAAAUUAAUCCUCUUAAGGGUGGAAUUGUGUUCUCAAACAUUGUUACAACAGUAUCCCCCACUUAUGCUCAAGAGGUGUGCGCUCCAGAGGGUGGACGCGGCCUCCAUGAAACUUUACGUGUGCAUUCCAAAAAAUUUGUUGGAGUGCUUAAUGGAAUUGAUACAGACUCUUGGAAUCCUUCUACUGAUAUUAUUCUUCCAGUGCAGUACAGUUCUGAUGACCUUCAGGGUAAAACAGAGAACAAGAGUGCACUGAGAAUGCAGCUGGAGCUGUCUUCCGCCGAUGCUUUUCAACCAAUGGUAUGUUGCAUCACACGACUUGUGCCCCAGAAGGGUGUGCAUCUUAUCCGGCAUGCGAUAUAUCAAACAAUGGAGCUUGGAGGACAAUUUGUUCUGCUUGGGUCCAGUCCUGUUGCACACAUUCAAAGGGAGUUUGAGGGUAUAGCAAGCCAUUUUAGCAAUCAUCCUAAUGUUCGGUUGCUACUAAAAUAUGAUGAUGCUCUUUCACACAUGAUAUAUGCAGCAUCUGACAUGUUCGUUAUACCGUCACUGUUCGAGCCUUGUGGACUCACACAGAUGAUAGCUAUGAGAUAUGGCUCUGUGCCUAUUGUGAGAAGAACCGGCGGACUUAACGAUAGUGUCUUUGAUGUUGACGAUGAUACAAUCCCCGUAGAAUAUCGCAAUGGAUUUACAUUCUUGUCGCCAACCGAGCAG